CGAGAGUGCCUGAGUCAGUAGUAAAACCAAAGCUAGUCAGCCGCGUUCUUCGCGGGAAAAUAUUUCCAAUUAUUUUCAUCUUGUUAGACUUGAUUUUUUUCCCCAUCUAAUACCAUUUAAAUAUACGCUUAAAUCAUUACUGAACUUAUUAUACAAGUGAUGUUGUUAUCAUUUUGGUGAUUAAAUUAAUUUAAUAUUUGCGAAAUUUUUUGCAAAUUGGCAACGUGCAAGCUCAGUAUGAGGGUUAAAAGUGAAUUAUUAAGGUGGAUGACACUAGAGGAAUUAAGAAGAAGGCAAUAUUGGACUGCUAUAGUGGUGUAGGAACGACGGGGAAUUUUGGACAUCAAGAAGUAGUGGAUCCUGAUUUAGCUGGAGAACAGAACAAAAGAAUUCUGAGAAGAUUUAAGAAGAAGUGGUGGUCCUGAAGUGUGAGUGGAGGUUAAAAAGAGUCAGGGUGAAGGGCUAAGUAAUCUAAGGUUGCGAGGGGGGAUGCAGCGAGAAGGGGUGGCGGCAUGGACGAGCCCUCGGUGGAGGCUCUUAUGCAGGCGGGCCUCAUCUUCGUCGUCGGCGUCGCCAUUAUCCUCUCGAAUCUUCUUAUCAUUGCCACUUAUCUCAACUUCCGUGGUCCCUCCGAGGUGAUAAAUUACUACUUGCUGUCAUUAGCGACAGCAGACUUACUCUGUGGUCUGCUAGUCGUCCCACUCUCUGUGUAUCCAGCUUUAGUAAGAAGAUGGGUCUACGGAGAUAUUGUCUGCCGGCUCGUCGGCUAUUUGGAGGUCACUCUUUUGGCUGUAUCUGUUUACACUUUCAUGUGGAUCUCCGUCGAUCGCUAUUUAGCUAUCAGAAAACCUCUGCGUUACGAAACUGUACAAACAAAGACUCGUUGUCAAUGUUGGAUGGCUUUCACAUGGAUAAGUGUAGCCAUGAUGUGUUGUCCACCACUGCUUGGCUUCAACAAGCCAAUUUUCGAUCGUGAGGCUUUUAUUUGUAUGCUAGAUUGGGGCAACAUGGCAGCCUAUACCAUAACCCUGUCAAUUCUUGUACUUGGUCCUUCGGUAAUCACCAUCGUUUACACCUACUGUUACAUAUUUUCGAUGAUGAGAAGACUAAGGUCGGGUGUACCUAUUCAUGACAAGGAGUAUGCGACUGCUUUAUCAGAGAAUCUCUCUAAUCCCAGUCACAUCAUGUCCUUUGUGCUGGUAAUGGCAUUCUGGAUGUCAUGGGCUCCUUAUGCUGGCCUCAGGAUUUAUGCCAGUUUCAAUGGACCACCUCAGGUUCCAUUUCUUCAGUUUGCUGUUGUAUGGUUUGGUGUAACAAAUUCAUUCUGGAAAGCAGUUGUCCUUGGGACUUUGAGUCCACAAUUUCGUCUGGCUGCUCGAGUAUUAUGUCUCACAUUGUGUUGUCGUCACAGGAGACUACCACCAGAGCUUCUAGGCCUUGAUGAUGAUGAUUAAAUCUAUCACCGUAUCCUCGUGCGCGCAUUCCUAGUGCAUCGCUGCUUUCUUUAAUCAUCGGUCGACUUCACGCUCAUUCAAACGACUAAACUUAAUUCAAUAAAAACUACUCUAUAAAUUAGAAAGCAAAUUUAGUUAUUUUUGCAUAGAUUUUUCAAUUAAGAUAUCUUAAAUCAAAAAAUAUAUAUUUCAAUGUUAAAUUGUUUUUAAAAAAAAAAAAAAAAAAAAAAAAUAUUCCAUUUUUGAAAAAGAAUAAUAAGUAGAUGGAAUUAGUUUGCGCGAGGUCUAGACCGAUUUUGUCAUUUAACUGUAAAUUAAUCUUAAGAUAAUCUCGCUUCGCUCAAAUUAGGAUCUAUUAAUUGAAUUUGAUCAGCGUGAUGACCGAAAAGUGCGCGUGCGAAUAGGUAACAGUGUGAAUAAAUAAAAAAAAAAAAACAAAAUUCAAGAACAAAAGAUAAUAAAGAAACAAAAAUUGAAAGCAAAUGUUCAAUAAUCGUUGUCUAUUUACAUCAUAGGAACACGCUCAAUAAAUGUCGUAGAAGGCUAAAAACAACUCAAAAAAAAAUUUAAUUGAUAAUUAAAAUAAUAGUUUAUUAAUGUGAAUUGCCAGUGCGAAUGUCACGUAAUGCAGAUGUGGCAUUAAAAUUAAAAACAAAUGCGAGUUAAUUAAUUACAAAACACCAGUUUCGCUCUAUUGAUCGUGUUUAUAAUAAUUCUAGAAUGCUUUUUCUAAUACGCUUUUAACUUUUAUUCUAAUAAUAACACGAUCAACUAUAUUUGAGAGUACUUUAUUCUCGUGGAAAAAAAUUGCUUCAUGAAAUGAAAUAUCAAUAAAAUUUCAAUCUUUACAUCUAAAAUCAUUUAAACGAUAGUUAAACAUACAUUUAUUGAGAGCAUGUUUAGCUCAUUAUGUUGCAUUUACCGUCAUCUGUUGCUCGACUUUUGUGAUAAAUUAUCAAUACAAUGCAAUAAUAAGAAUCUGUUGAUAAUUAUAAAUUUUGUUAAAUUCAUAAAAAAUGUUUAAUAUUAAUUUUAAAUCUAAGCUGUUAAGUUUUGUAAAAAUAAAUAAAUUCUAUUAGAAAUAUGAAGAAAUGUUUCAUGUAUUCACAGAGGAUUUUAAGUGAUUACAUGACGCAAAUGUUAAUCGGAAUACAUAUAAAAACUUCCAUGUAAGAGAUUGUAUAAGAAAGAAGCCGAGCAACAGACGAUAUUUUACUACGUCGCAGUCAUUUUUGAUUAUCUAAUAUGACGUAAUAAAUGAAAAUAUUUAAUGGUAUAACUGGCAGCUAAAGCGUAGCGCAAUCAAGAGUUGUAAGACUCUAGUAAUUUUUGUUCGUUAUUCUAAACAAUAAAGUAUUAAUAUUAUUUUAAUAAUAAAAAAUUCAUAAAAUAACUAAUUGAUGGGAGUAUGAAAAUUGAGAAGAGAACAAAUGACCUUAAUAACACUCUCCGGCUUUCAAUUUUUUUUCCACUGGACCGAAUUUAUUCAGGAGGAAAGACAAUAUUGAUUUUCUAAAGCAGGCCUCGAUUAUUUUGAUGCCACUUUAAAUCCUUCAUAAAACUUUUUAAGCAUGAAUAUUCAUUAAAAUUUGCCGGAGUUACUCAUAAUCGGUUCAAAAAUAUAACAAAAAUUCAAAAGCAGUAUAAAAAAUCUAAGUUUUUUAGUUAUAAAUACUAGAAGUGGAAGCAGCAGGACUGCCACUUGUCAUCAAGGUUCGUGAUUUUAUUGUCGAUGCAAUUAUAGAAAAUGUAAAAAAAAAAAAUAGAAAAAAUAUUAUAAGUGUAUUGGUAGAUAUUAAUAAUAAAAUCAAUCGUGUAAAUAAUGUUAUAAUAAUUAUAAACAAAAAUAUAUAGGUGUA